AUGAGCUGCAACGGUUGCCGAGUGCUGCGGAAGGGGUGCAGCGAGACAUGCGUAUUGAGGUCGUGUCUGCAUUGGAUCACCACCCCUGAAGCCCAAGGUAACGCUACUUUGUUUCUCGCCAAAUUUUUUGGCCGCAGCGAUCUCAUGUCUCUCAUCUCCGCCGUACCCGAAUCCCAGCGCCCUGCUUUGUUUCAAUCGCUGUUAUUCGAGGCAUGCGGGAGAACAGUGAAUCCCGUGAACGGAGCGGUGGGGCUAUUGUGGAGCGGUAAUUGGCAUGUGUGUCAGGCGGCUGUUGAGACAGUGCUUUCCGGCGGAACGUUACGGCCGUUAACUGGAAUUCUUACCGGAGUCUUAGCGCCGAAUUGUGAUGAAUCAUCUGAUAGUUUCUCUGCGGCUGCGUACGCAGUGCAUGACUUGACGUGGAGUCAAUCAAAACCGUUUGCUAAGGAGGAUAGUAAUCAAGUGGUGUCUGAUCAUGUCAAUCUGCGUCUCACUAGAGCAAGAGGUGGAAGAGAUAAGAGAGGAAGAGAUGUGGCGUCGUUUUAUACAGGAGGAGAGUCGGAGACAACAAGCUUUGAAAGCAGUGGUGGUGAUAAGAAAAAACUUUUGAAUCUGUUUGUUUGA